GCUGGGUGACACACAUAAAGGCCACGCGGGAGGCCUCCUCUUCACUCUAUAAACGCUAUAAACAGCUGCAGCAACCCUGAUGGGAACAGAUCAGAGGAGGGAACACAGUCACUCUGAUUGAUCAGCAGACCUGAGUGGAAACCUGAGCUUUUACAUGUACGACGAGCCCAACAUGGGUGGAUGCUGAAUGCAGACAAGCAUUUUUUGUCAAGAAGACUUGGAAUUUACUUGUUGCUCUGAGAGGAAUCCAUCUAACUGCUUGUGCAGAAAAUUGUUUCUUGGUUUUUAAAACAGGAAGUGAAGGAGCCACAGCAGACAUUUUAAAACAAGAAACCAAAGAACAUGGGGACCUGCCCCAUUAGAUGUCACUCAAACCGAACAAUCCUUGAAAAUGCACCUGAAUCUGAGCUACCAGACAUCCAGGAAAGCGUGAUUGUAUCUCUGCAUAACUACCCAUCAUUUGGACAUACAGAUUUGACCAUGUGCAUCGGGGAAAGACUAACGAUUGUAUCAGACAGCGAUGGCGAUUUUAUGAUGGUGAGAUCCUCAACAACAGGCCGCGAGAGCUACAUCCCCACAAACUACACAGCCCAGGUGACCAACAGGUGGCUGUUCACAGGCAUCAGCAGGUACAAGGCAGUGGAGCUGCUCAUGAAUCCUAAUAACCAGACUGGAGCCUUCUUGAUCCGAGAGUCAGAGACAAGCAGAGAUUCCUACUCACUGUCUAUUCUGAGGAGAUCCAACUCACACCAGGACUCUGUGAAGCACUACCGCAUCUCCCACCUCCCAAACGGCUGGUUCUACAUAUCUCCAGGACUCACAUUCUCCUGCCUGCAUCAGCUGGUGGAACACUACUCAGAGUCUGCAAACGGAUUGUGCUGUCGACUGACAGUGCCUUGCUUCAUCCAGGGUUUUGACAGCGAGCGAGAGGCCAGGCCUGUUCCCACAACUAUCAGGAGGCCCACCAUCAACUGGAAGGACAUCAGCAGGUCAGUGAUCUUAAAGAGGAAGAGAACAGAGUCAGACAACUCUCUGGUGAGUGAGGGGCUGAGGGAGGCCAUCAGCUCCUACCUCCAGAUGACAGACGACAACAGUCACAGCUGGGACACUUGAGGAAGCACAGUGGGUCAGUCUGAGAGAACAAAGUCAGACAGAUGGACUGGAGUCAGAUACUGUCCCGUCUCAGCUGCAGCCCGGGCGAGCCGCUGCAAGAGGUCGUCUGUACGCCCAAAUGUAAUGUUUGUGGGCUGGCCUGGAGGAGCAGGAGGGCUCAGACACUACACUGUUCAGAGAUAUGACAGACUGUGUCAGCGUGAGGACUGUUGUUGUGUGUCCAAAGAGGCACGCAGGGGAGGUGUGAGCCGAAAGCUGAAAGUCAAAGAGACAUUUGUUCUCAUUUGACCUGAUUUGAAUGUUUAAUUUAUAAUCGAAUAUAUACGUACAGUUUGAAUGUAAGAUUAUGCUGCAAUUUUAUUGUAAUAUGAUUGCUGUCGUGGUAUUGUUAUUGGAAUCCAAUAAACUAUGUUAGCUAUGUGGUAAAUGAGCAAAACAUACACA